UCUUGCCCAUGGAGCGCCUUCCGGGGCCCUUCUUCGAGGCGGAGGCGCCUCUGCCUCCUCCGCACCACUCUCUGCCGCACCCGCCUCCGCAUCAGCACCAGCCCUUCUUGGCCCCCCCUCCGCCCGCGGCGCCUGUCCUGUGCGAGCACGAGACCUCCAUCGACCUGAGCGCCUACCUGGACCCGGGCGCCUUCCACGACGAGCUCCUGGCCGAGCUUUUCCAGCAGCAGCGGGGGCUCCAGAACCACCAGAACCCUCCGUAUCCGGGGCUGCCGUGCAAGGAAGCCAUGCCGGCGGGGCCCCACGCGGGGUACGGAGGGCUCUACGCGGAGAAGAUGGGCUUCCACGGGGGGUUCGGGGCGCAGGCGGUGCGGGUCAAGCAGGAGCCCCACGAGGAGGACGAGGACGAGGAGGAGGAGGAGGAACAACAAGGCCUUGUACGGCUGGAGGCAGCUGCUCCGGCCCCGCUCUACUCGCAGGCGGCCCGCUGCGCCCAGACCACGAUGCUGCUCCUCCCGCAGCCCACGCCGCCGCCCACGCCGGGCCCGCCGCCCGCCAAGCCCGCCCCGCACCCGCCGGCCAAGAAGGCGCUGGACAAGGGCAGCCGCGAGUACCGCCUGCGCCGGGAGCGCAACAACGUGGCCGUGCGGAAGAGCCGCGACAAGGCCAAGCUGCGCCACGCCGAGACCCAGCAGAAGGUGCUCGAGCUCAGCGGGGACAACGAGCGGCUCCGCAAGAGGGUCGAGCAGCUCGGGAGGGAGCUCCAGGCCCUGCGGGGGCUCCUCCGGCACCUCCCCGACGGGCAGCUGCUCUCCGCCAUGGGCGCCCGCGCCUGAGCAGCAGCCCCGGGGACGGGGACGCAGACCGGGACAGCCGGGAGACAGACUGGGGCUUCCCAACCCAGGGACUGGAUUACAGGGACUGGGACUCUCAACAAGGCAGAGACUGGAAACCUGGAUCACAGGGACUGGGGCUUCUCAGGCAGGAAACUAGGACUCCCGACUGGGGAGACUGGAAGGGGACCGGGACAGCCAGGACUCUUCUCUGGGAAGAGACUGGAGCGCCCCACUGGGGAGACAGACUGGGGCUUCCCAACUGGGAGACUGGGACUCUCAACUGGGCAGACUGGGACUCUCAACUGGGCAGACUGGGACUCUCAACAAGGCAGACUGGGACUCUCAACAAGGCAGACUGGGAGCCUAGAGUGCAGAGACUGGGGCUUCUCAACUGGGAGACUAGAACUCUCAACUGGGUCGGCUGGGAGCCUGGAGUCUAGAGACUGGGGCUUCUCAGGCAGGAGACUAAGACUUCUCAACUGGGCAGACUGGGACUCUUACUGGGGAGACUGGGAUCUCCCAAACACACAGACUGGGGAGCCUGGAGUGCAGAGACUGGGGCUUCUCAGGCAGGAGACUAAGACUUCUCAACUGGGCAGACUGGGACUCUUACUGGGGAGACUGGGAUCUCCCAAACACACAGACUGGGGAGCCUGGAGUGCAGAGACUGGGGCUUCUCAGGCAGGAGACUAAGACUUCUCAACUGGGCAGACUGGGACUCUUACUGGGGAGACUGGGAUCUCCCAAACACACAGACUGGGGAGCCUGGAGUGCAGAGACUGGGGCUUCUCAGGCAGGAGACUAAGACUUCUCAACUGGGCAGACUGGGACUCUUACUGGGGAGACUGGGAUCUCCCAAACACACAGACUGGGGAGCCUGGAGUGCAGAGACUGGGACUUCUCAGGCAGGAGACUGGGACCUGUAAGCAGGGCAACCAAGUCUCCCAAGUGGGCAGACUGGGGCUUCUCAACCAGGAGGCUGAGACUUCUAUACUGGGAGACUGGGACUCUCAAAUGGGGAGAUUGGGACUUCUAAACUGGGAGACUUGGGGCCCCCAAACACACAAACUGGGGAGCCUGGAGUGCGGAGACUGGGACUUCUCAGGCAGGAGACUGGGACCUGUAAGCGGGGCAACCAAUACUGGUAGGAAUUGGAGUCCAAAACAGCCUGAGGGCCAAAAUUCGCCCAUGCCUGAUCUUAUGAAACUCUGAACCCAAAAUAUACGCAGCCCACCUUCUCCUUCUCAACCAGGUAACUUCCCAUCCUGCCCAGUUUGUGCCUUCCGUACUGUGAAAACCGUGCUUUGGACUCUUUAUGCUUUUUGUCGUCAUAAUUAUGCCACUAAUACGUCACACCAUUUCUGUUCCUGGGUUAUAAAUGUCGUUUCCUAAUUGCUUGUAUCAUAACAAAACAUGGGGAAAGUUGUAUUAAACUGCCAAUACCUUUGGGACUUCCUGCAACAGCACAUUUUUGUCUCACCUCAUUCAACAUAGUUUGUGCCACCAAAAAAAACCCGAAAUUUCUAGAGCACAACCACUCUUUUCAAAGUAAGGACUGCACAACAAAAUGGGAAACAACACUUCCGAAACAGGAACGGAACGUUUCUUUUUCAAAUUUUGUUACAUAAUAUUAUUGUUGUUGUUGUUGUUGUUAUACUAUGUUGUUCAGAGCCUUGCCAAACUCCUCUCCCCAAAAACCUGGAUGUCCUCAGGACCAAUUGCUGUAUAAAUAAAUAUAUAUUAUAUAUA